GCCGGAGGCACCGUACCGACGACGCCGUGCACCAGCGGAGACGGAGCAUUGCGCUCGCUGUCGACGAGAUUGUGCCGGGUCAUUACGUCGAUAUGUACGGGGACGUCCCCGCCGCCGGUGUACGCCCGCUCUGUCGGACUGCCGUUGCCGGCUAGCGCAUGUCCGUACUGGGAUAGGGGCGUCGCUCAUCAUAUGAUAUGGGCGGCGCUCCUGGCGAGGGCCAAAGUUGCCCUCGCGAAACCUCAAGAUAUUUGCCGGACAACCCCGGUCAAAUCCUCACUCGGCCCAAACGGGCUUGAUACCGCCCUGGUACGUCGUUUGUGCGCGAAAGGGUCCAGCCUCUGGUACGAGGUGGCCUGCCAAUGUUGCAGGCCGCCGGAGGCACCGUACCGCCGACGGAGAGCACCGAUGGCAGCACCGCAUAUGAUAUGCCUUGCAGUCGGCUUGCCCGUCGUUAUGGUACGGGGACGUCCAAGCCGUCAGCGCA